GCCACAGUCCCUUUGAUUCUUGUUGUUUAGAAUGGGUACAGAAACGAGAAGCCUCAAGGGUGUCCAGAGAGUGUUUACAAUAUCAUGAUGCGUUGUUGGAAAUUUAAGGCCGAGGAUAGGCCUGGUUGGGAGGAAUUGGUUUCUGAACUUUAUACUCAGCAUAAACAAACUCAUCCAGAUGAGUAUCUGGAUUUGAAUGUACCGAACCUGCCAACUCCCCCUUCCUCUACAGAGCUACCUAGAAAGUUUGGAAGAAAUGUUCGAAGCUUGGAAACUCCUCCAUCAUCACCAGAGAUCGGCUCAAAACAUUCAAGUUCCGUCUCCCUGUCUUCCUCUGGGUAUGUGUUGUCAGAUAACCCAGGUCCUUCGAUAAAUCCAGGUUCCUCCAGUUAUAGGUUUAUUCACCAAUCUCCAGACAGUCCGGGACACACAACCCCACACAGUCCUCUUCCUGGUUUAUGGAUCCAACCAAAUGAUUCGUACAUUCCUCAGGUUAUUCAGGACAUUUCGGUUAGGACAUGUCCCAGUCAGUCUCCCACUAGGGCCACAGCAGGUCAUCAGUUUGUGAAUCCUAGUACCGUUGCCUCUCAUCCUGCCAUACAUUCGGGAACUUAUCAACAAAUGAAAUCCAAUUCAAGGUUCUGCUCCGCUAAUGAACAAUUAAUACAUCCUCCUAAAAUAUCUUGUGAUAGUGAUCAACUGCUUGAUCACAAGAAGACUGAUCCCAGGGAAGAUUAUGUCAUUCAUGACGAGAGAAGAGUUGGUCCAGUGCCUAGAGUGAGGCCCAAAUAUAUUCAAUUAAGUUCAGAUUAUCAAUCACAGGAGGAUGACUGUUACCCUGAAGAGGUGGAUGAAAAUAUAGAAGGUAGAAUAAAAAAAAGGAUUAGCCACCAACCUCACACUUGUCCUUCUCCUCGACUCCGACCUCAAGAUUUCUACGGAUUCUCUGUUCCUGAGGAACAGCCUCUGCUCACAACCUCAUUUAUCAAUAGAAGACGGUCUCGAGAAUGCUCCGCUGGAGAUCCUGGACCUAACGUAGAGGAUCAUACGAUCGGGUUGGAAGAUCGAACAAUUAUUACAGAAGAUCGUCGUUGGAACUAUGAUCGAUUUAAGAGAACAACCCCGAGUCCAACUGCAAUGUCAUCCUUUAGACCUGAUAUGAAGCGUGGUUCCUCAGAAAGUGGGUACGGGACUAAUCGAGACAGUGAGAGCAGUGAAUCCAGGUACCGUGUGCCAGGGAUGGAUAAGACCAGACAUGCCUCAGAUUCAGAUUCAGUUUUUUUCAGGAAUUCGCCUUCGCCGUAAUGAAAGUGCACAAUGCACAUGGAGGCAUUAAAAAGGAAAACAUUGCUCACUGUUGAAAUAAGUUAUUACACGCUGUAAGAUGUUAAAUAAUAUUGGUUUCAAAUUUGAAUUUAUUUUCUCAUUAUUCUUAAUUGGUUAAAAGAAUUGUUUACAAAUGUGCUUUAAUUCUUAUUGGAUUGGUGUCAUUUACUCCAUUUAUCCAACCUUUUGCUAAACCUUCUCCCCGGUUACGUUAAAAUCCAAAUAAAUGGAAAUCUAACCUUAAGAAGAAAAAUGGUUGCUUAAAAGAUGUAACAAUUGGUUACAAUGCUCCUAUUAAACGCUUGUUUUUUCCCCUUGAUUCUCCGAAAAAAGAUACCUAAUGUGAAAAUGUGAAAAUUGUGAAUCAUAAGUUGAGUUUUUUUUUGCUCCUUAAAAACAUAUGUAAAUUU